AUGACAGGCGAUAUUGUAGUAGGGAUGAUCUAUAACUUACUACUACCUCUUAUUUUACUAGCAGCAAUAGCAUUUCGAUAUAAUGGGCUCUCUGUGGUGUACCUCCUGUUUCUGCUGACCUUACCCCUACUACCCUGUCCAACUCUGGCCACCAUGAAGGGUACAACAGGAAAGUUCAUUCUGACUGUUUGCUCCACAGGUGUAAUGUUUCUGGCUUUACAAUGUGGGAUACAGGUCACCUUUGCAUAUGUUCCUAAAGAAAUGAGUGGUCCAUGGGAGAAUAUUCUAUAUCAUCUUGGUAUUGUGAGGUUUAGUGAUGUAGAUGCUUGGAACAUAUUUCGUCUCCUGGUGCCAGACUUUGGUCUGUUCCUGUCAACAUUAUUUAUCCUGCGUUUGAAUAACAAACUACUGCAACCACCUGUUCGUACCAGUGAGCAGUGCUUUGAGCCCUCUGACAUUGAGGAUGGUGAAGCUUGUGACUCAGAAUAUGAGGAGGAGAGCGAGGGGUCAUCCUCAGACAGCUCUGAGAGGAGCACAGCGCCACCUGUGGGUCCUUCUCAGUGUGUGCAGAAGCUAACAGUCUUGGCAGCUGGUCUACACCUGCUCCUCUCCACUGUUAUCAGCACAACUGGAAAAGUCGUGGUGACCAUACUUCUGGGUCUGGCAGGUAUAACUCUGCCAUCCUUGACAUCAGCGUUGUAUUUAGGGACAUUCUUGAGCCUCGUGUGGUGUUGGAUAUUGGAUUACUCUAUUGAUAUGCUGCGUUUCAACACUUUGGGUCUAAUGAUGACCAUAUUCAGUGCCGGACACAUCCUCGUGCUCUACCUAUAUCAGCUGCCUCUGUUCCAGCUACUUGUGCCUCCUCAGGACAUUUAUGCCAGACUAUUUGGUAUAACUGCAUACAUCCACACAAACACAUCUGAGCCAUAUAAUCUGGGUCUGCAGACACAUGUGACCUGGCCUAUGAUAAUAAACCCUCUGAUACUCCUGGUUCUCUAUUAUACAUUGGUGGCUCUUCUACAAAAAAGGAUUCCUACAACUGAGGAGGACACCCGAGAAGAGAUGCAGAGUCCUGCAAGAGACUCAAAUAUUCUGCCUGGUUUCUCCAAGAUCGUAGAUCGUAACUUUUUCUCACCUGGAAAGACUGAGGUUGUUGUUAAGCCAAUAAAUGGCACUUGGCAGGACUGUGAGUCCAUUGAGUUGAACUCCCUGCUCUCGGACGUUGGCUACCCAAACUGCCUUACUCUGCCUGUGUAUACCCCUGAUGACUCCUCUUUUGAUUUUGUGGAAGUGAACUGUGGAGAAGAGAACUGUGAGACAGAGGAUACGCUAGAUGAUGUUGAACCCUUAGUCUCUUCUCAACCCAGCUCUGUCACUCUGCUUGGUCAGACAAUUAUGAGACACAGCUAUGUUAGCGCUCUCAUCACCAUGAUGGUUUGGAGCAUCACUUAUAAUUCUUGGUUUACAUUUGCAUUGCUGAUGUGGUCCUGCGUGAUUUGGAUGUCAAGGGGGCGACGGAAGUACACCAUGCUCAGUGCGCCGUUUCUUGCUGUAUAUGGCACCCUGCUGCUGGUAAUGGGUUUUAUCAGUGCUCUACAUCUCCGUCAUGAUGAGCUUUUCCCCACUGUUCCUAAGACAGUUCUUGUUGACUUCGAUCUCAGUGGUUAUGAAACACCCUGUUUUCACCUUGGCGCAAAGAUGAUUUAUGCAUUCAGUUUCUGGAUGUUGUUACGACAGCAGUUGAUUGAGAAACAAGAAGAACAACAGAAGAAAGAAGAGAGCCUUCAUGAGGUCAAACUGAAAAGUAUGACUUUUUUAGGCUUAGCUAAUGAGGGGGAUUCAUCUAGGAUGGUGUCUAUAUUAGGGGCCUUUAUUAAAGGCACUCUGGUGAAGUACUGGAUCUUCUGCUGCUGCUUCAUGUUUUUCAUCAUCAGUUUCUCCGGGAAAGUAGUCGUCUACAAAAUUCUUUACAUCUGUCUUUUCCUCUUCUGCAUUUUUCUAUACCAGGUGCAGUAUGAAGUAUGGCGUGGUGUUUUGAAGUACUUCUGGGCUGUGGUGGUUGGUUACUCUAUGCUGGUCUUGAUCCUGAUUUACAUGUACCAGUUUAAGACUGUCUCUGGCCUGUUUCGUCAGAUCAUAGGCAUAUCAGAAGAAAGGUUACGGGACCUGGGCUUGGAACAGUUUGACACAGUGGAGUUGUUUGCACAGAUCUUACUUCCCGCUGCCUUCCUUUUGGCUUGCAUCCUACAGCUACACUACUUUAACUGUGACUUCCUUUCUCUAACUGAUCUACAAAAUAUAUCUGUGUGUAAUGGUGCUACCAGAGAAGAAGAACUGAGAGAGACACUGGAUGUGAUAACAAAUAUACUAAAAGACAACAUUGAAAAAAUCCAAAGACGGCUGGUUAAGGAGCAGUUAAGUGAAGAGGGGGACAAUCUGUUGGAUUGUACUGAGGAAAAACAAACAUCAGUCAAAGAGGGGGCAGAGGAGACAGAAGGGGAGGAACCAAAAGUAAACCCGUGGUUUUUAGUGGUGGAUCGGACAGGUGUGUUAGUGCUUCAUGUCUUGCUCUGGUGGAACAGGGGACAAGAGCUUUGUUGGAGGCUGCUGGAACUCCAUAGCUUUAAGAUAGUUGCUAGUGGCAUCAUCUGGAUUAGCCUGAAGGAGGUUUCUCUGAUGAACUGUGUGUUUGUGGUGCUGUGGACGUUUGCAGUGCCCUACUCAAUGCUGCGGCCUGCAGCAGCUGCUGUGUCCUCUGGGUGGGCCUGUGUGAUAGUCGUGUGUAAAAUGAUGUACCAGCUAAAAUUCAUCAAGCCAUCUGAGUACUCCAUUAACUGCACCACUGGAUUGCUGAAUUCCAGUGGGAGCUGGUAUGAUAGGAACAUGGGUCAGCUUUUGCAAAAGUCGGUGUUGUAUGUCAAACCAGUGGAUCCAGCUCUUUGGGUUGGGGCUCUAAAAAAGUGCGAGGACUCCAUCCUGCCAUGCCUACAGGAUCAUCUGUUGAUACUAGGUCUCCUAGUGUUUGACGUGACUGUGCAUCGGCACCAGCUCUACUAUCGUCUCCAUGACAACCUGCGAACUCCACCCAGGGGCACCAUUUUAAAGAAUGUGACAUGGCAGCAACUGGAUCAUGGUGUUGUGCCCUGUUUCAAAUACUUCUGCAAUUAUUUCUUCUACAAGUUUGGUCUUGAGAUGUCUUUUGUGGUGGCAGUGAAUGUGAUUGGCCAGCGGAUGGAUUUCUACGCCCUUCUACAUUCGUUUGCUCUGAUCAUGGUUUUAGCACGUCGUCGCAGGAAAGCUAUUGGGGAGUUGUGGCCCAAAUACUGCUGUUUUACUGCCAACCUCAUGGUUUUGCAGUACCUGCUGUGCAUUGGCCUGCCUCCUGCACUCUGUGCUGAUUAUCCCUGGAGGAAAUCAUCUCAGGCUUUCACCUCUAAUCUGAUAAAGUGGCUGUAUCUUCCAGACUAUGCUAUGCAGCCUAACCCCACCUUCAUCCUUUAUGACUUCUUGUUGUUGUUGGUAGCCUGUCAACAGUGGCAGGUGUUUAAAGAUGAGAAUAAGGCCUCUGUCAGAAUCCUGGCAGGGGAAAAUGUGGAGAUCAGUAGAAAUCUAGACUCCCGGUCACUUCAACAAUACACAUCAGUUGGCAAUUUCCUGCACUACAGGUCAUAUCUUGACAUGAUGAAGGUCUUUGUAUUCAGUUACUUUUUCUGGUUGGUCUUGUGUCUUGUUUUUAUCACCGGCACUACGCGUAUUAACAUCUUCUGCCUGGGCUACCUGGUGGCCUGCUUCUACUUCAUGCUCUUCGGAGACACUGUGCUGCUGCAGCCUGUACGAAACAUACUGAGAGUCUGGGACUGCCUGAUUGCUUAUACAUCUGUGGUCAUUUGCUUGAAAAAUUUGCUCUCACUGGGAUCCUGUGCAUACCUGGACAAUCUACUGAAGAAUGGCUGUUGGUUCAUUCAGGCUUUCAGCAUGUUCUGCACUAUUAAAGGCUACGAUGUGCCUGAACCUAACGAUGAAUGUGAGCUGCCAGAGGGAGAAGCCGGUAUCGUGUGGGAUGCAAUUUGUUUUACUGUGCUGCUGGUUCAAAGGAGAAUAUUCCUCAGCUACUACUUCUUAUAUGUUGUGUCUGAUUUAAGAGCCUCUAAGAUCCUUGCCUCUAGGGGUGCAGAGCUAUUUGAAGCCAAGGUGAAAAAACGUGUGGCAGCUAGACUAGAGAUGGAGAAGAAAUCUGUGGCACUGCUCAAGAAACAAAUGGAGAAAAUCAAGUCAAAGCAAAAGGCUCAACCCAUACAGGAAGCCCCAUCAUCCACUGUCGAGUUUGGUCCCACAAGUGACACAAAUAUGAAAGGGGAGAAUGAUCAGGGGAAAUGGUGGAAGCCGUGGGUGUCUCACACUUCUGUCUGGGACACCUGUGGGUAUCAUCUCUUUGAAAGCGACAGUGAGGAAGAAGACAGUGGGACAGUGGAAAAGAAAGAGGAAGAAUCUGUGCCAAAGAAAAAAACUGCCCUUCAGCUGGCGUAUGAGGCUUGGGUAGCAGGAUCCAAGGCUGCGCUCCAGGACCACAAGAAUGAGGAGGUGCAGCUGCAGAGAGAUCACAGCAGGAGAACCAAGAAGCAGCUACGCAGAGAGCAGGCCAUAGAAAGAGCAGAGUCCAGUGAGGAUGAAUUGGAUGAAUCCUUUCGUGAUCCAGAGGAGAGAGAGAGAGAGAACAUAUACCAGCGCAUUUUUGACUUCCUGAAGUUUAGCUGGGUCUUUGUCUUGUCCCUUAUUGAUGACCUGACAGCAGGCUUGAACUCAUUCUGCAAAGACAAUCUGGACAUCUCUAGGGUGCUGCUUUUGGAGCGAGCACUUCUGGACCAGCAACAAAAUAAGGGCAGAGAGGUGACCCACGACAGUAUUCUUCAGUUCUACCAGAACCGUCUCUCCAGACAGAGCACCCAGAUGAUGUCCAGUGAGGAGCUGAUGGCACCUGCUACCCCGGUCACUGCUCACGGCUAUGCUAAGCUAAAGAGCGCUAACUCUAAAGCCUCAUGGAGCAGCAGCUUCUCCAGUUGUCUGACCGAUGAGACCAUGCUGGGAUCACGUCAGAAUACUCAAGAUGACACUGAUGAAUCCUGCUUGACUUCACCCAAAGCUGAUCAACACCCCCUCCCAACUCCUGCUGAACAGCUACGUCGCAAACUCCUCACAUCUGCCAAUACAGAUAAGACCUCAUGUGAUCAGGAACCUUUACCAGAGUAAGACUUACUACUUUCUGAAGAUUCAUAUGCCAUAAGAGAACAUGAUAAAGAAGAAGGUCAAAUGGAUAGUCCAAGGGAAAAUAAGGAUGCAGAUGACAAGGAGACAGGAGAAAAGGAUGAGGAGGAGCAAAGAGAAAAUAAACACAUUUUCCAUAAAUCCUUAUCACUGAACUCUCUGGCCAUUGAAGUGAAACAGAAGAACAUUCCAGAAUCUCAGGCCCUUAGUCAGGAGACCAGGGCACUAACUGCCAGUGAACUGCUGCUUAACAAUGUUUUUCAGAUCCCCGAGAUUGACGAGUCUGAUAAGUUCUACCAUUCCUUACCACGGCCCCUGCGACUCAUCUUUGCCCUCUAUGACACAAUGGUCUCCCAGUCAGAGAUGCUUUGUUACUUUGUCAUCAUCCUCAACCACAUGGUGUCUGCCUCUCUGCUCACACUCUUCCUCCCCAUCCUCAUCUUCCUCUGGGCUAUGCUCUCAGUGCCACGGCCCACUAAGCGAUUCUGGAUGACAGCCAUCAUGUACACCGAGCUCACAGUUGUGGUGAAGUACCUCUUCCAGUUUGGUUUCUUCCCGUGGACCACCUCAACGUAUCGGGGCAUUAAUGCGGAGCGUCCGUUUGCUGUGCCCAACAUUGUGGGGGUGGAGAAGAAAGACGGCUAUGUUCUGUUCGACCUCAUCCAGCUCCUCGCUCUCUUCUUUCACCGUUCCAUCCUUAGGUGCCAUGGCCUCUGGGACAACAAGGAGGUGGAGAUGCCUGACUUCUUUAAGAAGCUCAAGAGGAAAACGGAGAGGAAAAAGAUGAGUGGAGGAGGAGGUGGAGAAAAGACAAGAAGAGGCCUCCUCUUCCAGCCGCUCCAGACGUCCACUGCUUCUCUCUUUUGCAGACAGAGAGGAGGCAGGAGCUCUGUGAGCCAUGAUGUUAAGCAACUGAAGAGGCGUCACUCAAAGAAGAAGACAUGCCAGCCCAAAGUGCCUUUAUCAAGGAAAGAGCAGCUCAAACAGCAGAUCAGAGAGAGAAUGCUGGAUGCUAAGGCUGCCAUUAUAGAAGUCGGUCUGCACAUAUAUUUACCCAUCAGGCAGUUCUUCUAUGACAUCAUUCAUCCUGAGUACAGCCCUGUGUGUGAUGUGUAUGCUCUAAUGUUUUUGGUCGAUGUUGUGAAUUUUAUCAUCAUCAUCUUCGGCUACUGGGCUUUCGGGAAACAUAGUGCUGCAGCAGACAUCACCGAGUCCCUCUCGGAGGACCAGGUACCUGAAGCCUUCCUGGUCAUGCUGCUCAUCCAGUUUGGCACCAUGGUGGUAGAUCGUGCACUCUACCUGCGUAAGACCUUGCUGGGAAAGUGUGUGUUCCAGGUGGUUCUUGUGUUUGGAAUCCACUUCUGGAUGUUCUUCAUCCUACCUGGGGUCACCGAGAGGAGAUUCAACAGAAACCAGGUUGCACAGCUAUGGUACUUUGUGAAGUGCAUCUACUUUGGUCUGUCAGCGUACCAGAUCAAAUGUGGCUAUCCCAACCGAGUCCUCGGCAACUUUCUCACUAAGAACUACAACUACAUGAACCUGUUUCUCUUCCAGGGGUUCCGCCUGGUUCCAUUUCUAACCGAGCUGCGGGCAGUAAUGGACUGGGUAUGGACAGAUACCACCCUCAGCCUGUCCAACUGGAUCUGUGUGGAGGACAUCUAUGCCAAUAUCUUCAUUCUCAAGUGCUGGAGGGAGUCAGAGAAGAAAUACCCCCACACCCCGGGGCAGAAGAAGAAGAAGGUGGUGAAAUAUGGCAUGGGAGGCUUAAUCAUUUUUGCCCUCAUAUGUAUUGUUUGGUUUCCACUGCUCUUCAUGUCAUUGGUCAAAUCUGUAGCUGGAGUAACCAAUCAGCCAUUAGAUGUUUCCAUCCAGCUUAGCAUAGCAGGAUAUGAGCCUUUAUUCACCAUGAGUGCCCAAGAGCAAAAUCUAGUUCCUUAUUCUGAAUCUGCAUACCACAAGAUGACUAACAUUUAUGCUACCCAACCGUCUGCAAUGCAGUUCAUAGUAAACUACAUGGCAGAGGACAUAGUAAUUGCAAAGAUUAAAAGUGAUGCCAGUUUGCUAUGGAGUAUCAGUCCGGCCAGCCGAGAAGCCAUGAUCCAUGAACUCAGCAGUUCUUCACAUAUUUAUAUCACAUUGCGCUGGAAAUUACUGAGAAAUGCAUCCCUGAUAGCCAAUGUAGAAACAGUUGGUGAACACACGGUGAAGUAUGAGGACCAAGAGCUGAAAGAUAGUCUUGUCCACAUGCUCCAGGGUAGAUGGAAUAAUUCUGUGAUCAUUGAAAAUCUGCUUCCCAAAUAUAUCAGAGGCUCUUCUGGACCAGAGGCUAAAAUGCCACAUCGUCUCAUCAUUGAUGACCUUCAUUUCGCCUUCUUCCGCCCACUGUCCCUCAAACUGCGACAAACCAAUGAGAGUGCAGGGACACAAGGAUCCCAGUGGUGGGUGGUGGAAGAGUGCACUCCAGGCUCUUCACCAAUGAAGUGCCAGAACAUCGAGAUUGUGGUUUUUAAUGAUAAAGUCAGUCCUUCAAGUCUGGGUUUCUUAGCUGGAUAUGGCAUCAUGGGGCUUUACAUGUCAGUGGUGCUUGUGAUUGGUAAGUUUGUACGAGAGUUCUUUAAUGGAAUAUCACGCUCCAUCAUGUUCGAAGAGCUUCCAAAUGUGGACCGUGUGCUUAAGCUGUGCACCGACAUUUUUGUUGUCCGGGAAACUGGUGAGCUGGAGCUAGAGGAACAGCUAUUUGAGAAGCUUAUCUUCUUAUACCGUUCACCUGAAACCAUGAUCAAAAUGACCCAGGAAAAGAAAAAUGACUAGAAUUUCUUAGAACUCCUUCAGUGUUCACAGUACAAUUUUAUAAAGUACUGUACCAAGACAGCGCUCUAUUUUCUGUAUAUAUCAGCUUUCCAUCUGAUUUUACCUUCAAACAUAAUGUUCCUUGUUUUGAAUACUGCCAAAUGAGAAUUCUCUGCAUCCUCCUGACCAUUUCUGGACACUCAACUAAUAGAGGUGAAUUCAGAUUCUAAGGAAGAAUAAAUGUCUCAAUCCAUC